UGUUCAUUGAUAAGAACCGGAAAUUACCAUCAUCAUUAAUAUCAUUAUUAUUAUUAUUAUUAUCAAUUGAUGUUGAUAAUAAUAAUAAUAAUUAUAAAAUGACCGGUGAUAAGGUCGAAGUUCAAAAUGAACCAUCAUCAAUAUUAAGUGAUGGCCAACGUGAUGAUAGUAACGGUACUGCCCAGAGCCAUUCACAACAAAGUACACAACCAAAUAAUAAUAAUAAUAACAAUAAUAAUAAUAAUAAUAAUAAUAAUAAUAAUAAUCAUACGAAUACAAAUAAUGCGAAUAAUAAUCAUAAUUGUAAAAAUAAUUGGUGGAAUUGUUGUUGCUGUUGUUGUUCAUGCAUAUCGAUUAAAAAUCAUUCGGGAAAACAUACGGAUAACAAAGUUCAAUUAUCUUCCAUCGAAAAUUAUUUCAAUGAUGACAAUGAACCUCUGCCUACGAUCGAAGAAAUCCGAAGCUGGGCAGAUUCAUUUGAUAAAUUAAUGAAAUGCAAAUAUGGCCGUAAAGUAUUUCGUGAUUUUCUUAAAUGUGAAUAUAGUGAAGAGAACAUUAUGUUCUGGUUAGCAUGUGAAGAUCUUAAACGUGAAUCCGAUCCGGAAAUGAUUGAAGAAAAGGCACGUCUUAUUUAUGAAGAUUUUAUAUCUAUUUUAUCACCUCGUGAGGUGAGCCUUGAUUCACGUGUACGUGAAAUAAUCAAUAAAAAUAUGAUUGAACCAACACCGAAUACAUUUGAUGAAGCUCAGCUACAGAUCUAUACGCUCAUGCAUCGAGAUUCUUAUCCACGUUUUAUUAAUUCACAAGCCUAUCGACAACUCGCACAACUGCCUACAACAAGUCGUAAAACAAGUGCUACGUAAUCCACAAUGAGAAUAAAUGAAUAAUACGACCAAAAACAAAAAAAAGCAAAAAAACGUAAACAAAUAAAUAAAUCAUUCUUUGCUCCCCAUUUUUUUUCUCAAAUCAUUAUC